UCUCCUUUCAUCUAAUUCUUCCACUUACCCUUUUUUUUCUCUCUCCUCUUUUUAGUAUUUUUCUGCAUAAAGUUGCAGACUUUGGCGUCUCCUCUUUCCCCUUGAGGCUCCAAGUCAGUGAAUUUUUUCAUGGUGUUUGAUGUUUUGUGUCACAGAUGCCAAGUGUUAAUCCUGAUCCAAGUGACAAAGAUGCUGAGCCUUUUGUUGAAGUUGACCCUACUGGACGCUAUGGUAGAUACACAGAGCUAUUAGGAUGUGGUGCUGUGAAGAAAGUGUACCGUGCAUUUGAUCAAGAAGAAGGUAUAGAAGUUGCAUGGAACCAAGUGAAGCUGAGAAAUUUCUGUGAUGACCCUGCCAUGGUGGAUAGGCUUUACUCUGAGGUGAGGCUUCUGAGAAGCUUAGCACACAAGAACAUCAUUGCACUCUACAGUGUUUGGAAGGAUGAGAACAAGAACACACUGAAUUUCAUCACUGAGGUUUGCACAAGUGGGAAUCUGAGGGAGUAUAGGAAGAAGCAUAGACAUGUUUCAUUGAAGGCACUUAAGAAGUGGUCAAAGCAGAUUCUUAAAGGGUUGAAUUAUUUGCACACUCAUGAACCCUGCAUCAUCCAUAGGGACUUGAAUUGCAGCAAUGUUUUUGUCAAUGGGAAUGUUGGCCAGGUUAAGAUUGGUGACUUGGGUUUGGCUGCAAUUGUGGAGAAGAACCAUUCAGCACACUCGAUCCUCGGCACGCCGGAAUUCAUGGCACCGGAGCUAUACGACGAGCACUACACGGAACUGGUGGACAUAUACUCAUUUGGGUUGUGUGUAUUGGAGAUGGUGACACUUGAGAUUCCUUAUAGUGAGUGUGACAAUGUUGCAAAGAUCUACAAGAAGGUUUCUUCUGGUGUGAGGCCAGAUGCACUGAAAAAGGUUAAGGAUCCAGAGGUGAAGGCAUUCAUUGAGAGGUGCAUUGCUCAACCAAGGGCAAGACCUUCUGCUUCUGAGCUUCUUAAGGAUUCUUUCUUUGAUGAACUUGAAGAUGAUGACGAAAAUGAUGAAUCUGAUUUGUGAUUGUUCAUGCUAAAUUUUGUGUUCUAUGUCAGAUAUAAAAAAUCUUCAUGUGUUUUUCUUUACUUUAUUUUUUUUAAUAUAAAGUAUUCAUUUGUCCCCUUUUCCUUUUCCUUCUAGUUUUUGUGUCAAUUUGUCUCUUGGCUAAGACCAAGUCUAUUUUUUUUGGGUAGGGUGUGAAAUUGGAUAAAUUUGAACAUGGCUUAAAGUAGUUCAACCUAGGGAAGGUUUGAUUGGUGAUGUUGUCAUUUUAUAGAUUUUGUACAUAGGAAUUUCUUACUUAUAAUGAUAUAUAGUUUUCUGUUGUUAAA